CGGAAAGCAGCGGCUUCCGUGUACGAGGCGUGUUCGGGCGUUGCUGGAUGUGGUUGGUGACGAAUGUCCGUUGUGUUAGGGAAAGCCUGUGAUUGACCGCUACGGUAGCUACGGUGUUUCCAGCUGGAUAUAGAGACCAUGGUGUAACAGAACGCCAAGAUGUCUUUUCUUAAGAAUUUGAAGAGCCUCUUCACUGGAGGCGGUGAGAACGCCUCCAAGAAGAGGCGCGUGUUGAACAAUGUGAAAGUCGGCAUCAACCCCGAGGAAGUGUGGGACCUGCAGGGAGAGCUGGGCGAUGGCGCCUUCGGCAAGGUUUACAAGGCGGUGCACAAGGACACGGCGCUGGUGGCCGCGGCCAAGGUGUGCGAGAUGAACGAGGACGACGAACUGGAGGGCUUCAUGGUCGAGAUCGACAUCCUCACCGAGAUGCAGCACAAGCAUGUGGUCAAGCUGCUGGACGCCUACUUGCAGAGGAAGCAGCUCUGGAUGCUGCUGGAGUUCUGCGACGGCGGCGCGGUGGACUCGAUCAUGGUGGAGCUGGACCGAGGCCUGAAGGAGCCGCAGAUCGCCUACAUCACCCGCGGCAUGGUCGAGGGCCUCGAGUACCUGCACAACAACAAAGUCGUCCACCGCGACAUCAAGGCUGGCAACGUGCUGCUCACCAUGGACGGUGGCGUCAAGCUGACCGACUUCGGCGUGUCGGCCAAGAACAAGCACACGCUGCAGAAGCAUACGACGUUCAUCGGCACGCCGUUUUGGAUGGCGCCCGAGGUGAUCAUCUGCGAGACCUCGCUCAGCGACCCGUACGACAAGAUGGCCGACAUCUGGUCACUGGGCAUCACCAUGAUCGAGUUCGCGCAGAAGGAGCCGCCCUACAACGAGCUGAACCCGGUGCGCGCCAUGCUGCGGAUACAGAAGUACGACCCGCCCACACUGGACCGGCCCAGCCAAUGGAGCAAGGAGUUCAACGCCUUUAUCCGCGCCUGCCUUAAGAAGGACGCCAGCAAGCGGCCCGAGGCCGUCGACCUGCUGCAGAUGGCGUUCAUCAACCGCACCCUGGACAACAAGCCGAUCCGGGAGCUUCUGCUCGAGUACAAGGCCGACGUGGUGGAGGGCAUCGAGGACGCCGCGGACGAGGACACUCGCGCCUCCCGGCUGAGCCUGGACUCGGGCCUGCCGCCCACCGACGAGGCCGACGAGGAGGCCGAACCCAAAACCACCGCCGAGCCGCCCGCCUCACCCAAGAAAAAGCCUGCGCCGAAACCGCCAGCGCCUGCUGAGCCGACCAAGUCCUCCGAGAAGAAGAAGCUACCAGCGCCGCCACCGCCGGUCGCCAGUGCAGUGGCGCCCUCAGUCCCGGCCGAGCCGGCCACCGCGCCCGCUCCGUCCGCCAAGGUCCAACCGGACCCGGCCCAAACUAAGCCUGCGCCUGUGCCGGCGACCUCACAACCUGUAGUCGAUCAGCCUGCAGCCGGUCAGCCUGCAGCCGGUCAGCCUGCUGCCGGUCAGCCCGCAGACGCCCAGCCUGCUGCCGCUCAGUCUGCGGUAACUGAGCCCAGUGCGACUCCGACAGAGGCGCUGCCGUCGGUGGAUCCGACACCGGCAGCGAUCGAGGAACAGAAGCCGACGCCGGCGCGGCCGGCCGACCAGAGACCGGCACCAGAGUCGGCAGCCGAGCAGGCGGGUGGCACAGUGACGACGCUCAUCCAGAGCGUCGACGGCGAGGCGCGCAUCCAGGUGGUGGACGCCGGCCGAACCGACUGGAGCGACGGCAGCCGCUCGCCGGAGGGCGGCGCCACCCCGCCCGGCACGGAGGCCGAAAGCGAAGCUGAACUGAGCGCGCACCAGAUCAUGGACUCCCUGAUUGGCGAGGUACUGCGGCUCCAGGAGGAGGACCGGCGCGCUGAGGGCGACGACGACUCGGACGACGGCUCGGCCCCGGAGCCGGCUGAGCCGCACGUGUCGGUCAUACAAGUGGAGCCCGAGGAGGAGAAGGCGGCAGGCUCCGAGGCCACGCUCACCUCCAUGCUGGUGGAGGGCACGACGGUGGGCUCGUCCGACGUGGACCAGCUGGACGAGGACGAGGACGACGGCAGCGUGUUCUCGCCCGAGCUCAACUCCACCGCCCGGGCCGACUCGGCCGGCAGUCAGAAGGAGAACAUGCCGCCGCCGUCCGCGGUGCCCGCGCCCCGCCGCCAGCAGGACGACGACGAGGAUGAAGACGUAGUGCUGAGGAAGAAGCGACCGCCGCUGUCCUCCCAGGACUCGUCCAGCGUGUCGCGCUCGUCCACCAUGAGCCGCACCAAGGAGGAGCAGGCCAUCUCGCACCUGCGCAAGAAGACGCGCAAGCGGACGCGGCGGUUCGAGAUCGACGGCGUCGUCGUCACCACCACCACGCACAAGGUGUUCUACGGCGACGACGAGUCGGCGUUCGUCGACGAGCAUGUGUUCAGGAAGCAGGAGCUGCGCGACCUCAAGAUGCUGCAAAAACAGGAGCAGAAGCAGUUCCGCGAGCUCAACGCCAAGUCGCAGCUGGGCCGCGACAACCAGCAGCGCAAGUUCGAGUCUGAGAUGGCGCAGCUGGUGCGCCAGUACGACAGCGACCUGGACAGCCUGCAGCGGCAGCAGAAGACGCAGGUGGAGCGGGCCGAGCUGCAGCAGGAUAACGACCUGCGCUCGGCGAGCAAGAAGAUCCGCGCCGAGCAGGAGCGGGAGCUGAAGACGUUCCGCGACUCGCUGAAGCAGGAGCUGCGUCUGCUGAAGCAGGAGACGGACAUGCUGCCGCGCGACCGCAGGAAGGAGGCCCACAAAGUCCGCAAGGACAAGCUGGACAGCGAACACCAGGAGAAGGAGCGGGCGUUUAUCGAGCGUCUGAACGAGUCGCACGAGUCGUCGCUGCAGCGGCUGGCCGAGCAGCACCGCGAGAAGAUCGCUCUCAUGGAGAAGCAGUUCCUGCAGCAGAAGCAGCAGUUGCUGCGCGCCAAAGAGUCGGCCGUCUGGGAGCUGGAGGAGCGUCAGAUCCACGAGAAGCACCAGAUGAGCAAACACCAGGUCAAGGAGGUGUUCUUCCUGCAGCGACACCAGAUGCUGCUGCGCCACGACAAGGAGCUGGAGCACGUACGGCGCAUGAACACGCGGCGCACGGACGAGCUGGCGCGCCAGCAGCAGGUGGAACGGCGCGCGCUGCCCAAGCGCAUCCGCGCCGAGCGCAAGGCGCGCGAGCUCAUGUUCCGCGAGAGCAUGCGCAUCAGCAACACGCUGCCGCACCGCGCCAGCCUCUCGGAGGCGGACGGCGACGAGCGGGACCGGCUCAAGAAGUUCCUGGAGCAGGAGCGGAAACGGUACAAGGCGGAGGAGCAGCGGUUCGACCUGAAGCACAAGCGCAAGCUCGAGGAGCUGCGGGCCAAGGGCGAUGCCACCAUCAAGGAGCUGGAGCAGCUGCACAACGAGAAACGUCGCAUGCUGAUGGAGCACGAGUCGAUCAAGCUCAAAUCGCUGGAGGAGACGUACCAGACGGAGCUCAAGGAGUGGAAACACUCGCUGAAGCCCCGCAAGCAGAAACUGGAGGACGACUUCGCGGUGGAGCUGGAGGAGCAGGAGCAGUUCUACACGGGCCCGGGACGGCGACGGCGCUGCCUUGACUGA